AUGGGCGACCGGUACAACAUCCACAGCCAGCUGGAACAUCUACAAAGCAAAUACAUCGGUACGGGGCAUGCGGACACUACCAAGUACGAAUGGCUAACAAACCAGCAGCGUGACUCGCUUGCCAGCUACCUCGGGCAUUACGAUAUGCUGAGCUAUUUUGCGGUCGCCGAGAAUGAAUCAAAGGCUAGAAUUCGUUUCAACAUCAUGGAAAAGAUGCUGCAACCGUGCGGUCCGCCUCCAGAAAAGACGGAAGACUAA